UCAAUUCUCAAUGCAAAAAUAAAAAACUAGGAAGAUAAACCAUUACACAAAUCCCCAUUUCUCCAUUUCAAAUUCCCUUGUCUAUAUAAAGAAAAUCAAGAACCAUAGUAUCAAACAAAAUGGAAGCAGAAAAGCGGAUCAGAAAGCCAAAAGGCAAAGGCAAGGUGGUAGUAGAAGAUGCUCAGAAAAAGGCCAGUAAUAAAAGGAAAGCUCCUGUCAGGAAAUCUACCAAGGCGGGACUACAAUUUCCUGUCGGAAGGAUUGCAAGGUUUUUAAAGAGAGGUCGUUACGCUUCAAGAAUCCGAAUCGUUGCUGCUGUUUACAUGGCUGCAGUUCUUGAAUAUUUGGCGGCCGAGGUGUUGGAGUUGGCUGGCAAUGCUGCGGCCGAUAACAAGAAAGCUAGAAUUACUCCAAGACACAUCCUGCUUGCUGUUCACAGCGACGAAGAGCUUUGUGGCUUGAUGGGUAAUAAUGCCAUUAUUCCUGGCAGUGGUGUCAUGCCUCAUAUUAAUCAGGCUCUGUUGCCUAACAAGACUCUUGAUCAACCCAACAAUUCCUGAACCAUAUGUGUCAACUUUAUUAUUCAUAAUAUUGGCGACUAGUAUAUAAUAAUAUUGGGACGUUUUAAAUAUUUGGGCAGUACUGGAGUUUUUAAAAUUCAAAAUUCUGCUGGCUAUCAGUAUUUGAUGAGAGAAUUUUAAGUGAAAUAUUUUAGUUUAUGGCUAAUUGAAAAGUAUAUUAUGAAC